GCCCCGAGGCGGCGGCCGGCCUCACCCACGGGACCCUCUGCGGGGCGGGCGGGACGGCGUUUGCCCGUUUGGCCUCAGGAAAACGCCGAGGUGAGGCCCUGUAACCCAGCUGAGCUGCGCAGCCACAGAGCCUGAGCUUGCAGGUGAGAGAGCAGAGACCUCGAGAAACCUGGGACUGGGGUAUCUGGAGCUUUGCCUUUAUCUGCAGUGGAAAUAUCAUCAAGCAGAAGUUGUAUCUUCAUCCUCCUCUGCUUACCGAAAGAACAUGGCCUCCAGGAUUUUAAUUUCCCUCUAGUUCUGUAUGAACUCUAUGGGAACAGGGCCCUUAACAGGAUCAGGAGUAAUGAAGAGAGACUGAAGACGCUCAGGCUCACUGUUUCCCUCCCCCUUCAGAGGAAAGGAUUUACAACUGAACCCUGUAACAGCUGUUGUCCAGCACUGGCCAUCAAGAGAGAAGUAAAUAAAAUUAAGCUGCUGUUGCCAGACUGCAAGCCCUGGUGAAGUCCAGGUGUGGGAGUGGUGGCCCCAGGAGACUGCCCAGAGGGACGAGGACUGCAGGCGGAGCAGUGGGGCGCAGCUCCAGGUCACACCCGUUCUGGGGCCGAGCUCCAACAUGCCCUCAGAGUCCGGAAAGAGAUUCAAACCCAGCAAGUAUGUCCCGGUGUCCGCGGCCGCCGUCUUCCUAGUGGGCGCCACCACACUCUUCUUCGCAUUCACGUGUCCAGGACUGAGCCUGUAUGUGUCUCCUGCGGUGCCCAUCUACAAUGCGAUUAUGUUUCUCUUUGUGCUGGCCAACUUCAGCAUGGCCACCUUCAUGGACCCAGGGAUUUUCCCUCGAGCGGAGGAGGACGAGGAUAAGGAAGAUGACUUCCGAGCUCCUCUUUAUAAAACUGUGGAGAUCAAGGGCAUCCAGGUGCGCAUGAAGUGGUGCGCCACCUGCCGCUUCUACCGCCCACCGCGGUGUUCACACUGCAGCGUCUGUGACAACUGUGUGGAGGAGUUUGACCACCACUGCCCCUGGGUGAACAACUGCAUCGGGCGCCGGAACUACCGGUAUUUCUUCCUCUUCCUCCUCUCCCUCACUGCCCACAUCAUGGGUGUGUUUGGCUUUGGCCUCCUCUAUGUCCUCUAUCACUUGGAGGAGCUCUCAGGGGUGCGCACGGCCGUCACAAUGGCGGUGAUGUGUGUGGCGGGCUUGUUCUUCAUCCCUGUUGCGGGCCUCACGGGAUUUCACGUGGUGCUGGUGGCCAGAGGACGCACGACCAACGAGCAGGUUACGGGUAAAUUCCGGGGAGGCGUGAACCCCUUCACCAACGGCUGCUGCAACAACGUCAGCCGUGUGCUCUGCAGCUCUCCGGCACCGAGGUAUUUGGGGAGACCAAAGAAAGAGAAGACAAUUGUCAUCAGACCCCCUUUCCUGCGGCCAGAAGUGUCGGACGGGCAGAUAACUGUGAAGAUCAUGGAUAACGGCAUCCAGGGCGAGCUGAGGAGGACGAAGUCCAAGGGCAGCCUGGAGAUCACCGAGAGCCAGUCCGCUGACGCAGAGCCGCCGCCGCCGCCCAAGCCGGACCUGAGCCGCUACACCGGGCUGCGGACACACCUCGGCCUGGCUGCCAAUGAGGGGCUUGAGCACCGUGUGAAGCCGCGCCGCCCGUCCCCUCUCCCGCAGACGCCGCCGCUCAGCAGCCCAACGCGGGGCGGCGUGAAGAAGGUGUCGGGGGUGGGCGGCACCACCUACGAGAUCUCCGUGUGA